CGUCGACUCGUGGCCCGUAUUUUACCUCGCAGUAAAAGAAUGUGGCGUGAUCCGAACGUAGUGGGGGUCGCCUUCCAGAAAAAACGAAAAAAAUCGAAAGGCGUUCAGAACUUUUCGAGAAGUCGAACCGUCAACACAUGUGGCGCUUGGCCAUGGAUCGCUGCAUUAGGUUUUCGUAAUCCCCGAAACCCAGACAAACCACUAUGGAAGUGCGGAGGUUCCCUGAUAUCGGCUAGGCAUGUUUUGACCGCAGCACAUUGUGCACAUAUGGAUGGAAUAGAAAACAUACACAAUCAUAAUAUUGUCAUUCUUAGAUUGGUGGAGGAGGUGCCAUUUUCGAGGUACGUAUAUCCCAUUUGUACGAAAGAGCCCCUACGAAAGAGCAACUUCGUCGGCUAUAACCCCCUUGUUGCUGGAUGGGGAGCAUUAAGAUAUAGACGACCACGACGUAAUGCAUUAAUGGAAGUACAAAUGCCAGUGAUUAAGAACGCCGAAUGCAAAAUAGCUUAUUCCAAAUUUCCCAAUGCACCUGAUAUCACUGAUGGUAUAAUAUGCGCCGAACAUGCUCAGGGUGGAGAGGAUUCUUGUACGAUUAUAGAUUCUUAUACGACUCUCAGUAAAAAUUUAUCCGCACUCCAGAUAGUUACAACUUCUGUCGACCGUAUUGAUCCAUCUGCACUCUUCGUAUGACGUCAAUAUUUGUUCAGUGCUGCUGCGCAGGUUUCUUUGUGUUACGUCAAUUCGUUUGUGACCGUUGCGCGAGUAAUGGCGCUUUGCAAUGGUGAUUUGCAGGAAAACAGUGCAGGAUGCUGUGAUUCGUUUCUUGUGGUCGGAGGUUAUGUUUGAUGCCUAUAUUUAUCAAAGAUUUAAUGCACAUUAUGGAGAAAGUGUUUUGUCACGAAGUGUGUUUGAAUGGGCACAAAAGUUCAAAGAAGAUCGCACGAGUGUUAUGAAAAAACAGCUGGACGCCCGUCCACAUCCACGAUGACAACAUUGAACGUGCUCAUGAACUUAUGCUCUAUGGAAUAGACGAGUGACACUGGAUAAUGUGGCAAAUCAUUUGCAAAUCAGCCACGGCUCUGCUUAUGCAAUAGUGCACGACAGAUUUGGAUUU